AUGGUGUUUAAAUUCACAAUAGAUAAUGUUCUAAAUCCAUAUAUUCCAAAGAACAACAUAUCAAAACUUCCUAAACCUAUAUCAAAAUUAUUAGGAGGAUCAAAUAAAUUAGCACCAGUAUCGGAUUAUUAUAUUUGGUUAGAAAUUUUAAUUGCUUCAUUUGGAGGUGUUGGAUUAUUAGAAGGAAUUUUUAAAAAUUCCAAUAUUUUUACAAAUUAUCAUCAUGCACCAAUUAUAAUUGCAUCAUAUGGAGCAACCGCAAUAUUAUGUUUUAAUGCAUCUCAAGCACCAUUAGCACAACCUAGAAAUAUCUUAAUUGGACAUUUUAUAUCAUCUUUAAUUGGCAUUGGGAUACAAAAAUUGUUUAGUUUAAGUGAAAUGGGUAGAAAUCAUUAUUGGGCAAGUGGUGCAUUAAGUGUUGGAAUUUCAAGUGUUGUUAUGUCAAUUGGAAAUUGUGUACAUCCACCAGCUGGUGCUUCUGCUUUAUUACCUAGUAUUGAUGAAGAAAUUAGAUUAAUGAGUUGGUGGUAUUUACCAGUACAAAUAAUUUCGAGUGUUUUAAUGAUUGUUGUUGCUUGUAUUACUGGGAAUGUAUUUAGAAGAUAUCCUGUUUAUUGGUGGUCUCCUGCUGAAGUUGGACAAUGGUGGACUAGAAAUAAUUUAGAAAAAGAUCAAGAAAGUGAAAUUAGUAUGGAAGAAGAAGAUGUUGCUACUCAAUUGGGUGUACGUGAAGCUGAUAUUAUAAGAACUCCUGGUAUAAAAACAAUUACUAUCACUGCUACUUCAGUUAUACUUCCUGAUGGUUUAGAAUUUGAUGAAAUUGAUGCUGAUUGGUUGGAAGGUAUGCGUAGUAAAUUACUGAAAUUAAACAAUUAG